AUGAAUCUUGAAGCGUCCCUCUUUGCAUCUGAUAUCAUCAGCGACCCCGUUGGAUGGACUACUACAACUACUUUUUCUUCCGAGAUGACUUGGGAACUAAAUCGUAGGCGCUGGCUUCGCUCCCUCAACUCUAGAUUCAUCUAUGGGACAGUGCCUUUACUACACACAAUCAUCUUCUGUAUCGAGAUGGCUCUCUUCGCACGACUUACCAGCCGUUUUAAUGGCUACUACGAGGAACGACCGAUUCUCACCAUGAUGGUGAGCAACGCCAUCCUGGGUGGCAUAGCCGAUACGGUCGCCCAGUCCAUCACGGCGAUUCGUCAGCGCGCUGUUCGCAAGCACCCCUAUGGCCUCGACGCUCGAGAAGACGCGGCUGCCAUCGAAAUUCACGAACUCGACCGCAAGAACCCCCUGAGCGACCGCGACCUCAUCCCCGACUCCAAAGCCCUCCCACCCCCCUUCGACUUUGAGCGCUUGACCCGCUUUAUGGCCUACGGCUUCUGCAUGGCACCCGUACAAUUUCGGUGGUUCAAGUUUCUCGAGAGCACGUUUCCUUUGACCAAAGCCAGCGCAUUUGUUCCGGCGAUGAAGCGGGUGGCGUGUGAUCAGCUGGUCUUUGCGCCGUUUGGCGUGGCGGCCUUCUUCACGGCCAUGACACUGGCCGAGGGUGGCGGUACCAAUGGGGUCUCCCAGAAGAUGAAGGACAUGUACUUUCCUACGUUGAAGGCGAACUACAUUUUGUGGCCUGCGGUGCAGGUUGUCAACUUUCGGUUGAUGCCGGUGCAGUUCCAGCUCCCUUUCGUAUCCACGGUUGGUAUCGCCUGGACUGCGUAUCUGUCUCUGACAAAUGCUGCCGAGAACGUGCAGCCGGCAAGCAAGCCGGAUAAUACGGAACUGGAGAGCCUGCCGAGAUGA